AUGAUGUUAGAGUUGAACAGUAGCUGUGUGACUGCAUUCAUGAUGAUGGGCCUCUCUGAGCAUCCCAAGCUGCAGAUCUUCCUCUUCAUUCUCUUCCUUUCUAUUUAUAUAGUUGCCCUGAUUGGAAAUGUAGCAAUCAUUGCUGCCAUCCUUUCUUAUCCCAAACUUCACACACCCAUGUAUUUCUUCCUGUUCCAUUUGGCUGUGGUGGAUAUAGUCUGCACUUCCACCAUCAUUCCCAAGAUGCUGACAAACAUAGCAACGUUUAGCAAGAGAAUCUCCUAUUCUGGCUGCAUAGCCCAGCUCUAUUCUUUCACAUGGUGUUUGGGAGCUGAGAUGGUACUCUUCACUGUCAUGGCUUAUGAUCGCUAUGUAGCUAUAUGCCAUCCCUUGCGUUAUAGCAUCAUGAUGAACAAGACGGUAUGUGUAGCACUCUCCACAGUGGUGAUCCUUAUUGCCAUUACGAACUCAUGGGUUCACACUGGAUUGAUUAUGCGGCUCACUUUCUGUGGCCCCAAUGGUAUCAAUCACUUCUUCUGUGAGAUUCCUCCACUUCUGGCUCUCUCCUGCAGCCCAGUAAGAAUCAAUGAAGUCUGGGUCUUCACAGCAGACAUCUUUCUUGCUAUGGGGGAUUUCUUAAUAACAUUCUUAUCUUACUGCUUCAUUGUUAAGGCAAUCUUAAACAUCAGGACCUCUGAAGGGAAGAAGAAGGCUUUCUCCACUUGCUCAUCGCAUCUCAUUGUUGUGUCCUUAUAUUACUCGACCGUCAUCUAUACUUACAUACGACCAGCCUCCAGCUACUCCUUUGAGCGAGACAAGGUAGUUGCUGCCCUAUACACACUGGUUACGCCAACUCUGAAUCCUAUAGUCUACACUUUAAGAAAUAAGGAUGUCAAAGCAGCUCUCAGAAAAGUCUAUCCAUUCUUAAGGAAAUCAGCCCUGAGUGCUCCCUGGAAGGACAGAUCGUGAAGCUGAGGCUCCAAUACUUUGGCCACCUCAUAAGAAGAGAAGAAUCCUUGGAAAAGUCCCUGGUGUUGGGAAAGAUUGAGGGCACUAGGAGAAGGGGACGACAGAGGACGAGAUGGUUGGACAGUGUUCUCGAAGCUAUGAACAUGAGUUUGACCAAACUGCGGGAGGCAGUGCAAGACAGGAGUGCCUGGCGUGCUAUGGUCCAUGGGGUCACGAAGAG